AUGGGAGCCUUGAGGUGGCUCUUCUGGGCUGGGCUGGGCUACCUGAGCUGCUGCUGUCCCCCACAGGCACAGGCACAGUUUCCCCGUGUCUGCAUGACGGUGGAAGCCCUUCGCCUGAAACGCUGCUGCCCAGCCUUGGGGACAGAGCCAGGCAAUAUCUGCGGGUCCCUGCAGGGCAGGGGACAGUGUGAGGGGGUGCAGGCAGACACUCAGCCUUGGAGUGGCCCCUACACUCUCCAAAAUGUGGAUGACCGGGAACGGUGGCCCCACAAGUUCUUCAACCACAGCUGUCGGUGCACAGGAAACUUUGGUGGCUACAACUGUGGUGAAUGUAAGUUUGGCUGGACCGGCCCCGAAUGCAACAGGAAGAAGCCAGCAGUUGUCAGGAAGGACAUCCACUCCCUGACAGCAGAUGAGAGAGAGCAGUUCUUUGAUGCUCUAGACCGUGCCAAGACAACCGUUCACCCGGACUAUGUCAUUGCAACUCAGCACUGGAGAAGUCUGCUUGGUCCAAGCGGAGAGGAACCGCAGAUUGCCAACUGCAGUAUUUAUAACUACUUUGUCUGGCUUCAUUACUACUCAGUCAGAGACACACUCUUGGGUCCUGGCCGCCCCUUCAAAGGUAUUGAUUUCUCCCACCAAGGACCUGCCUUUGUUACUUGGCACAGGUACCAUUUGCUGUGGCUGGAGAGGGAACUGCAGCACCUGAUGGGCAACGAGUCCUUUGCACUGCCGUACUGGAACUUCGCUACGGGCAGGAAUGAGUGUGACAUCUGUACGGACCAGCUCUUUGGAGCACCACGGCCUGAUGACCCAGGCUUGAUCAACCUGAGCUCCAGGUUCUCCCGGUGGCAAGUAGUUUGCAACAGUUUGGAUGACUACAACCGCCUGGUCACGUUGUGCAAUGGGACUGGUGAGGGGCCGCUGCGGCGGAGGCCACCCCAGGGCUCCAGUGAGCAGCUGCCAACCAUGGAAGAUGUCAGGAGGUGCCUUUCCCUGCAGGAGUUCGACAGACCCCCCUUUUUCCGCAAUUCCAGUUUCAGUUUCAGGAAUGCGCUGGAGGGUUUUGAUAAACCAGAUGGAGCCCUUGACUCGCCGAUGCUGAGCCUUCAUAAUUUGGUUCACUCUUUCCUGAAUGGAACCAGUGCUCUCCCUCACGCAGCUGCCAAUGAUCCCAUCUUUGUGGUUCUUCACUCCUUUACUGAUGCCAUCUUUGAUGAGUGGAUGAAGCGUUUCAAACCCCCUGACAACGCUUGGCCUGAGGAGCUGGCCCCCAUCGGGCACAACCGGCUCUAUAACAUGGUCCCUUUCUUCCCUCCGGUCACCAACGAUGAGCUCUUCCAAACUGCAGAGCAGCUGGGCUACACCUAUGCCAUCGACCUGCCAGGCUCCCUUGAAGAAACCCAAGCAUGGUCUGUCAUGGUUGGAUCUACAAUUGGAGGAGCACUUAUAGCUCUGGCUGUGCUUGUUCUGCUGCUUGUACUUUUCCAGCACCGAAGGCACAGAAGAGGUUUUGAACCACUGAUGAAUGUGAGCUUCAGCCCCAAAAAGUACAUGGGAGAGGCCUAG